AUGAUCUUCAACACCCUGUUUCUCGUUGCGGCACUGGCCACUCAGGCCAUUGCUCUUCCCACCGCACCCGCGGAGCCGGCUCGGGACAUGAACGCCGAAGACUGGAGCAUGCUGCACUUCCGGCGCGCGUGCGCCGAGGACCAGAGCAGCUGCGACUACAGCUUCUCAAUCACCGAGUUUGCUUCCAAGGAGCCCAAGUACUGCCAAUUCAGGAUCAAGGCCGAUGGCCGUCCUGCGUAUCAGACCGGCUUCUCACUCAUCAAGUGCCCUGAGGUGGCAGAGUACAGCAUCAACGGCGGCUGGAACGAUCUCGGAUUUUUCACGUUGUCUGUGAUUAAUGUCGAGAAGAGCCUCAUCUCGUGGUUCUCUUACAAAGACGAUAUUCUCAUGAAUGGUGUCGAGGCUGGACCGCAGCAUUCCAAGGUGUACUUCCACCCGAUUGCCGUUCCCGCCGAAGUUGAGGUAGCGAAAAGAGAUAGCCACAACCUUGCCGCCGCCUCGGAAUGGCAGCUUAUAAACGUUGUGAGAUACCUGGUGAAAUCCGGAACCCCUCAGGAAACGGUUGUCCUCUCUUUCUCGAUCGAGGGUGGAGAUGAACCAAGCCAGUACUGUCUCCUCCAGAUUCCGGUCGUUCAGCAAGACGGUACCUCCACGAAGAGCUUCUAUAACCGGGCCUGUUUGGAGGGUGCCAAGGGCUGGACAGUGUCUUGGGGCCAGGACGAGACCACUGACGAGGCCGUCAUGACACUGGUCAACCAAGACCAGCACAAGCAUGCCUUCUUCGGAUUCAACAAUGUAAGCAAGGGGGUAUUGCUGGGAAACAAUGGACCUAGCCCCACGAAGGACUUGCCCAAGUUUAUUUAA